AUGCAGAAAUCCAUGUCAUUGGCGAACCAACAGGUUGCCAUUGAGCCUCAAGAACAGUCCGCCGUAGAUCAAGUCUGGGCGUCAACUGUGACAAAGGCUCUGCAACUGUCGAGAUGCCUCAUAGGUCGCAGUCUACGCCCUAAACUCGGCUGGAAUUCGCAACGUUGCCCCGUUAUUAUGGACGCCAACGCGACAAGCUUCACUGUACCGGGGCUCGAAGAUGGUCCGGGCAACCACCAGCAGCAUCGACCCUCUGAGGCACCGUCUCGCCUGGGCGCUCAAGUCGAGAAUGGCCAGACCAAGUGA